AUGGGAACUUGUAACUUAAGAGGGGAUAUCGCCCCUACAAAGGAGUUGGAGGCACUUAUUUGGGCCAUGCAAUGCAUGCUAAGGCAUAACAAAUUGAUAAUGUUGUUUGAGACGGACUGCUCUGAUGUGGUGAAGAUGGUGUCUACGCCAGAGGAGUGGCCGGCGUUCGCAAUACUUCUUGACGAGGUUGACCGGUGUAAGCGGAGGUUUACCUCUUUUUCCAUCGCGCACAUACCUAGGAUGAAAAACACGAAGGCAGACAAGCUAGCACGUAGUGCUCGAGCUCUACCUAUUGAUGUGUAUUAUGUAAACUCUGUUUCACAGUUUGGAUUCCCGAACUGA